ACCCAAAUGCCGCUUUACGAGACGGACAUAGAUGGAGCUAGACUUCCGUCACACGCUCGCUCAAGCUGAAGACGUCAAAGCAGUAAUAGAAUGUCAGUCAGAAGCUUGUCUGGUAAGUGGGGCGCCACGGGGCAAAGCCAAUUCCGUCUCGGGGCUCUUUCAUACGAGCAGCUUGAAGCUAUGCUUUUUAGAUAGGCGGGUGUUCCUCCAAGAUGCCUGUCCAGCGUGUCGGCCAGUCCAUCCGUUUGCGCAGAGAAUAUGUUGAUGAAUACAUCAAGAUCCACUCUGAAGUCUGGCCUGGAGUCCUGAAGAGAAUUUCAGGCAGCAACAUCCACGACUACACCAUCUUCUAUGACAAAGAGUCCAGCAUCUUGUUCGCCACGUUCAAAUACACCGGCACUGAUUUCGAUGCCGAUAUGAAGGCCAUGGCUGAAGACGAAGAGACCCAAAGAUGGUGGAAGGUGACGGAUAAAAUGCAGGAGAGUCUGAACGAAGGAGCUACUAGCAGUGUCGACGGUGGUUGGUGGCGUGCAUUGGAUGAGGUUUUCCACGUCGAGUAGCAUAAUAAUGUUGUGCUUGUCGG